UGAAUUAGUAAUAAACAAACUUUAGUACAUAAAGUAUUUUCGACAAAAUUUGCAAUGAUCGGUGGUAGUUUGAGAUAAAGGACAAAUAAAUAGCUCUUUAAAACAUCGUUAUUCAUAUUUAACAUAUUUUGGACCCAUUGUGCAUUGGACAACAGAGCUAGAUAGCGUUUGUUUGAGCAGAUUCUUUUAAACUGUUAAGGAGAGUUUGUCGGGAUGACUGAUAGUGCCAAUAAGGAAGCUCCUUCAGAACACAUUAACAUCAAAGUGCAAGGACAAGAAGGGUCAAUUAUUCACUUCAAGAUACGGAAAAGCACACCUUUCAAGAAACUAAUUACUGCUUAUUGCGAUCGACUGGGCGUUAAUCAGUCUGCUGUGCGCUUUUUUUUCGAUGGAAAUAGCGUUCAUGAAACUGAUACUCCUGGCUCGAAUUUCAAUCAGUGCAUCUUCAUCAGUACCAGCUCCUCUCAUUGCUCUACGAAGUUCAAUUGCAUCAAAUUCUGCUGGUGAGUAACACAAAGCGAUCACACAGUCUUCUAAGUGACUAUGUAAUUCAGAUUUAAAUUUGGCAAAUAAAUCUUUUCCAUACAUUGAUUUAUAUUUUUGUACAAUUGCUACACGUUGAUCAACAGAUCGAUGACCCAUUACUUCGAUGACCUCUUUUUCAUUUGCUCCUAAUCCGGCCAUAGCCUUUUUUAAACG